CCUCAAUUGGACAUUGUCCAGCACGGGCAACCCGGGCUUCUCGGUCGUCGAAUUGGAUUUUGGGGGUAGGUUAACUCCGGUGUCAACCAACCAUAAAAGUUUUUUCUCUGGGCUUCUAGGUUGCUUAGGUGUCCCAAGCUUCCGUUUUGUCGUGACAACCAUGAUACCAUGGUGGCAGGCUAUUUUGCCAGUCGUGGUCCCUAUCGGCACCUAUGUGGCAUUCCUUGGUCUUCUCGCCGUUCCAGCGAUUCAGCGCUUCGCUUUGUACGCAAACCGUGUCAGCACGCUAUUAUUUACCAACCUUGAUGAGCCUGAGCGAUGGGGUUUUGCAAAAAACCAGGUGACGCCUUUCAAGCUCAAAGUGCCAGACGGCGAAGUCUUGUACGGCUGGCAUGUGCUGCCUUUACGUACCUACGCCAGCCAUGAGAAUGUUCUUUUGAAGCGUCCACGUGGUUGCAGCGAUGACUUUUCCACUACCGACGCCUUUCGCAUUCUUAAGGAUGACCCAGAGGCUAAGGUUGUCAUCAGCUGUAUGGCCACGCAGCCCCUGAGUCCUGCGCCUGAUUCCAUGGUAACGCAGGCCAUGUGGCCCAGGGAUGGCGACCGGCCCACAGAUUACUCCCCAUCAACACACCUGAUAACCAUAGACUACCGUGGCUUUGGCAAAUCCACUGGCUCACCCACCGAGACUGGCAUGCUAGUCGACGGUAUGGCCAUCGUGGACUACGUGCUGGAUACCAUUGGAAUCCCGCCCUCGCGGGUCGUUAUCUUCGGCCACAGCCUGGGUACCGCCGUCACAUCAGCCGUGGCCGAGCGCUACGCCUCUAGAGGGAUAGACUUUGCCGCCAUCAUACUCGUCGCCAGCUUCAGCUCCCUGCCCGACAUGCUUUCGGGCUACCGUAUUGGCGGUGUUAUUGGCGUCAUGCGCCCGCUGGCUGCAAUCUGCCCGCCGUUGAAUCGCUUCUUCCUCGGCACGUUUGUCGUGGACAAGUGGGACUCUGCCGGCCGCGUCACUAAUAUGGUGCGCUCUGUCAAGGCGAGGGCGGGGAAGCUCCGGCUAAGGAUUAUCCAUGCGCACGACGAUUGGGACAUACCCUGCAUCGAGGCCGACAAGAUGUUCACUGCGGCUGUCGGGGGUCUCAUUGGCGUCGGUGUAGAACCUCAACGGCUGGCUGAGAUGAAAGAUGAGAGAACGGUCUGGAAAUGUGAGAAAGCUUUUGCGACGAGAUGGGAGGAGGGCGAUGUCCAUAUUAGCGAGGAAAUAAUUUCUCAUGGAGGUCACAAUGAGGCGCUGUUUUAUGCUCCGUCGACGCUUGCUUUGAUAGACGCGUUUGAAGAGAGUGCAAGACCCGAGGCUCAUCCACAGUGAGAAUCAGUUUAUUUUUGAAAGAUGAGUAGCAAGAUGAGUAGC